AUGAGUGCAUCUGAGCCUAAUUCCGUGCCUGAAGCGCAAGCCUUUGCGUAUCAAUCUCUCGACCUCGCACAACGCUCGAUCCGGCUGAUACGAAUCCUUCCGACAAGAUCAAGAGAAGGGCAUAUUCAGUGCGAGAUGCGAAAUGCCACUAUUGAACACGAGUACAAGUGUUUGUCGUAUGUCUGGGGCCCGCUCAGUAACAAUUGGAUCACAAUCGACGGACAGUUGCAUUCAGUUCGGGACAAUCUCCUCGCGUUCUUAGAAGUUGCACAGCAGAAUUCCAUAUCAUCAUGGCUGUGGAUAGACGCCAUCUGCAUCGAUCAAAUCAACAAUGCAGAACGCACACACCAGGUUCAGCAGAUGAGCCACAUAUUCUCAAGAGCGAUUGAGGUCAUCGCAUGGCUCGGCACCGACAAGUCUGUCGCAAAAUUUCUUCGCUAUUCCUCUCACGAGAGGAUCAGGGGCCACUUGGUGCAAGCUUUUGUGGACUGUGACUACUGGAAGCGUGCGUGGGUAACCCAAGAGUUAUUCCUUGCGCUUCGAGUGACACUCUUGGCCGGCGGAAUCGAAACUCCGCUGGAAUUUCUUCCACGCAACGUCAGAACCCCUAGGGGAAUCCGUUUGCCGGUUUUUCCUAACUGCUUUACGGGCUCUAUGUGGCGCAAUGCACCAGACCAACCCACGGUAUCAGAAUGGCGCUCGCUGCGAGGAAAAAAUCUGGUUCAAAUUGUUCUGCUGCUGACGGAAAAGUGCUGCGCCUUGCCGCAGGACCGUGUCUACUCUGUGUUGGGCAUAUGUGGCCAGGGUUCAGAUAUGAUUGUCGACUAUGACAGAACCGACGAAGAGCUAGCCCUCGCUGUUCUCUUAUCAUGUAAGAGAUCGUUCUGCUUGUGUGCUCUUUUUGGCAUCUCCUUAGCGCUCGACGUGGGCGCCCGGGACACCUUGUUCACCUGCUCUUAUGCGAGCAACAUCUGGACGCAGCAGCAUUUCGAUGUUUCCAUAUCCCUCGCAAGUCCGUCUAGUCGCUUUUCCGAACGUAAACUACUCCGAGAACUCCUGUUAAAGCGUACUGGGCGCGUUACAACCACUGAGUUUUCCGGCGUAUGUUGUGAAGAUUGGAGCAUGAAUCUUCAUGCACAUUGCCCUCCGUUUGCGGAUAAAGAAGAGCGAUGCAAUCUCAUAGUCUCUAUACCACCAAAGUUUCUGUGUAAUGUUUUGCAAGAGCAUAUCAUUCUUGUCACACACGACGGUGGCAUCAAUGGUCAUUGUUAUUUUCGCAGUGGCUCCAGAUCACCACGCUUCGUGUCGUCAAGCGACAUCUUCUUAUCAACAAACUUAGUCAAGGAGCACCUACAAUAUGACCAAGUGGGUGGUACACUCAGGAUGUCUCUGGCAUUGAUGUUCUGGCUCGGGAAUUUACACAAGGCAGCCACAGGUCAAGACUUUCAACAGUUUGGUAUCUGCGAUGCCGUGAGACUCGAGCAAUCGAAAUUGCGGCUUUAUAAUUAG